AGUCAUCUGGAUGAAAAUCUAAAUCAUCUGUCCGUAGUGAAAGCAGACGAUUUUUCUACGCUUUGAAAACGUGUUUUUGAUCGGUUUUUGUGAAGUGAGAGAAUGCAAGUUGUUGGGGUCGACGGUCGUGUCGUCGGCUAUCUCUUUUGUUUUCUGAUACUCCAGGCAAAACUUACGAACUCGAGAACUUCUUGGAGGCUCAGUGCUGACAAAGUCGUGAAGACAACAGACUUUGUGAGUACAGUUGAGGAUGAUCCUAUUUUCGAUAUUCUGGCAAGCAGCAUCAGUGUCGGGAAUGGGAAGAGUUGGAGUAGAACAGCUAUUUCUGAAAAGCACGAAAAGAUACAACCUUACUGUCAAGAUUGCAAAAAUGUUGCCUCUGGAAGUCACGAACGACGAUUCUCGUCAUACGUGUUGAAGGAUACACCAAAUGCCACUGAAUCUUUUCCUCUAUCAUCACAAGUGUCAAAUGAGCAAAUCAUGUGUACUUCUGGUCAACAAUGUGAGGAUAUAAUCCUAGACUGUGGAAAGUCUGUUAAUUUUACUUAUUAUGACAACUUGCUUGGUGUUGAAAAUAGGGAUAAACAUCCACUGGCUCCAGAACCUAACGUAGCACUAAUGUUUAAGAAGAAUGGUGGCAAAACUAUGGAUGUUGACAUUGAUUUGUUAGAGAAACGUUUAAUAAAAGCAAAACGAGAGAAACCAAAAUCUGUUCAACUUUAUAAUCAAAUAGGAAAUUUUUGGCGUAUAAAAGGUGAUGCACAAAGAUCAAUUGAAUGUUUUCGAAGAGCACUUGCUGUAUCACCGCAUAAUGCAGAAGUCUUGUUAAAUUUGGCUAGAGUACUUUUAGUUCAACAAUAUCUGGAUGAUGCAACAUAUUUAACAAGACGUUCUUUAGAAUUGCAACCACCAGAUCGCAAUGCUUGGGAACAAUAUCUCACACUUGGUCAAAUAUUCAAGGCAUAUGACCAUUAUCAAGAAGCAGCUGUAUAUUUGAGACAAGCUCUAGAAUUAAAACCAGACCUUUCUGAAGCGGCUGAAGCAUUGAGAGAGGUAGAGUCACUUCCGGCCGCAAGCAUACGUAUCUAUACAUUACUGAUAAUUAUAUGUUUGGUGCUUGGAGUACUUUUAGUAGUUCUAAGCAGUGUAGAAUGUGACGAAGACUCUAGUCUAGUCAAUGGACAACUUCAACGUCCAGUUCAACGUCAUUUUAGUCGCGCUAUGGCCAUGCGCAGUUUACGGCUUAAUGUUGCUCGUAAUAAACGUUGUUGA